AUGGAGUAUCACAGACUGGAUUUGGUCAAUCAAGGUGUGGAGUCGCUGGAGGGGCUAGCUGAAAGAAAAGGUGAGAACUUCCUCGUAAUAAAUCUGCAGCGCAACCGACUCACCAACUUUGAGUUCUUUGGCACACACCCGUAUCUCAUCGAGGUGCAUUUACAGCACAACAGAAUCGAGUCGUUUCGUGGGCUCACUAGGCAAGCUUCUCUCAGAUCGCUGCAUCUGCAGGGCUGCCCGGUCGCAUGUCACCCAUACUACCGUCUCAUGGCGCUACUCACCAUCGGCUUUGGUCUGGAGGAUGUGGAUGGCCUUCCUAUUACCUCCCAAGAGCGACACUUCGCGAAGGCACUGGGGAAGAGGGCCGCGCUAGCGGUGAGUUACGGGUGGCUUUUAGAUCUUCAUCCGCGCACCAGCGCCGAGUACGAUGCCAUCAUCGACGAGUUCAGGCGCCUUCGACGGGAUGAGUACAAGCGAACGCAGGGGAGCCGCUUGACGAGUGUCAAAGCUGUGUUGGCCAAUCUUAACCGCACGCAGAGCCAACGCGGCAACAAUACAGCAGCUGAGCUUCAGCUGACUGAGAGAGAGAAAACAAUCACGCGGCUGACCCGACGAGUUGUGCAGCUGGAGUGUCAGCUUGCCGCCUCGUCGUCGGCCCACGCAGUCCCGCUACUUCCACCCACUGAAGAUGCUGUGAGGGUUCUUGGAAACAACAAGGUCUCGUCCUCUGAUGGGCUCUUCUCGGCUGCCGAGCUUGUGUUAAUGGACAAGAUGAGCUUCCUGCAUGGGAUUCAGCUGCGCCAUAACCUGGACAGAGAGCAGGGUGACUUUCAUCGCGUCUGUCUUCAGAUCGACCAUGAAACGUUGACUGCCGAGUCCUUCUUGUCCCGCCAGCGGCUUGUGCAGCUCAACUUGCGCUCCCUCCGCGUGCGCCAUGUUCGCCCUCUCACGUUGGCGGCAGCGGAUGCAACGGGUGGCACAGUGGAGCUGCGUUUCGAUUCGCUUCCGCUCCUGCAGGCUGUUUACAAGGCGCUGUUUCUCCUCAGCGCCCGCCCUCUGCCGCCGCUCUCGAUGAUCCCGCAGGGAGAGUUGCAGGAGGUGGAAAGUGCGCGCCGCCGCUCCCCUAAAGCGCUGACGCCCUCGGCGUCGCCGCUGACCUCUUUUGCGUUCUCCAAGGGGGAGCCAAGUGUCUCGUGGUGUACCACGUCAGAACAUCCGGCGAACUCACCCAAGGCCGGUGCGCUGACAUCGACACCAUCAGCUAGUAACAUGGCGCGUGGUGCGUCCGCGGCGCAGCACUUGGAGAUGCUCGACAAUGUCACGGAUGUUCCUCCUUUGAGUGCGGCGUACUCAGGCACCAGCGCUGCGGGGCGGUCUCACUCUGACUAUUUGGUGAAGGCGACGCGGAAGUCGCGCGCCGCUGCCGCAGUAGCAAAGGACAAGUGUGCGCCUGAGGCACUUGGCGUGGCGAGUCACGACUUCGACUCAUCGGCCGCGCAGGUCGAUGGUGCCGUGUCGAAGUCUACAAAGGCAGGGGCCACCGAAGCGUUCCCCGCGGCAGAGUCCGAGGAGCUUGCGAGCCUCGCGCUCAAGUCCACCAGUUCUGAGUGGGUUGUCUUUCAAAGCGAUACCGAGGACCAAAGCCGUGCGUCGGAGGAGGGCGUCGCUGUACCUGGCGUAGAAGAGGGUGCAGCAGCACUACCUCGUAUACCGCCCCUGGCGCCAGUCAAUGCCACACGACCUGCUGGCCGCUCUAAAGCUCCUGCACCUCUGCGCGUCCCGCCUCGGAAAACGCAAGUGGGGAGGACAUCCGCGACUUCAUCGGUGUCCGGCGUGCAAUUGGGGAGUGGAACAGACAAGGCGGCGGUGCCGGGGAACCCAAAUAUCACUAGCGUUGAAUCGCUCGGCACACCUGGCGCUGCCUCGCAGAAGUCCUCCGUCGUUUUUGACGGGAGACGGGAGGGGAAACAGAGAAGCAGCAUCAGUUUUCAAGUCACCAUGUUGAAUAGCGGGAAUGCGACAGCUAACACCGCGCGGUCAUCUGCAAAAGACUCCGCGCAACCAGAGGUUUCCUCCCGCUUUAGGUCACUGCUUAUCGAUUCGGACUCUGACUCGAACCACUGA